CGCUCCCUGUCCCGUCCUUGCCAUUUCUGUAAUAAAUCAAAAAAUACAUCCUUCACUCUACUAACUGCAAGCUCUGAUCUACUCUCUCAUUUUCCCUAAAAAUCUUCGUCAAAUUUGUAGUAUACUAUUAUCAUCAACCAUGCCGGAUUCGCUCAGAAUCCAACACCGUAAACUCGAAUACAAGCGUUUAAUUCCAUCAUAUCUGUUAUCGCAUCACACACUUCUAACUCUUCUGUGGAUCAUUGGAUUUAUUGUGAUCGUAAUUUGGCAAAGGACUGCAGUUGAACGUCUUUUGAUAUAUCGAGGUUUGGCACCAUCUCCUAGGCCUAUACCUAAGCUACGGCCUUUAGUUUUCAAUCUAUCUGAUUUCGGAGCUGUUGGGGAUGGCGUUACUGUAAAUACCAAGGCAUUUGAGAGGGCAAUUUCGGAAAUUAAGAAGAGAGGUGGUGGCCAGCUUAAUGUUCAGCCUGGUUAUUGGCUUACGGCGCCGUUUAAUCUCACGAGUCAUAUGACGUUGUUCUUAGCUGAAAAUGCUGUUAUUCUUGGAAUUGAUGAUGAGAACUAUUGGACACUACUGCCUCCUUUGCCAUCAUAUGGAUAUGGAAGAGAACGCCAUGGGCCGCGUUAUGGAAGUUUAAUCCACGGGCAAAAUCUUAAGGAUGUUGUCAUAACAGGGCAUAAUGGUACCAUUAACGGACAAGGCCGGUCGUGGUGGGAGAAAUACCGCAAAAAUCUUUUGAAUUACACAAGGGGACCACUUCUUCAACUCAUGUGGUCAAGAGACAUUCACAUUUCUGAUGUUACAUUUCGAGAUUCUCCGUUCUGGACUCUUCACCCUUAUGACUGCGAAAAUGUUGUUAUAAGAAAUGUAACAAUUCUGGCUCCAUUGACUGAGGCCCCAAACACUGAUGGAAUAGACCCUGAUUCAUGCGUGGAUAUGGUGAUAGAAGAUAGUUAUAUAAGCACGGGGGAUGAUGGUGUCGCAAUCAAGAGUGGCUGGGAUCAGUAUGGAAUUGCAUAUUCCCGUCCAUCUUCCAAUAUCACUAUCCGUAACCUCACAGUGCGUUCAAUGGUUAGUGCUGGAGUAUCAAUUGGAAGUGAAAUGUCUGGUGGAGUGUCAAAUAUAAUAGUGGAGAACCUCCUUGUAUGGAACUCAAAAAGAGGAAUAAGAAUUAAAACUAGCGCUGGUAGGGGUGGUUAUAUCCGACAUGUUAUCUACCGCAACCUGACCCUACAGAAUGUUCGUGUGGGCAUCGUAAUUAAGACAGACUACAAUGAACAUCCUGAUGAAGGCUAUGAUCCAAAUGCUCUUCCAGUUAUUGAGGAUAUAAGCUUUACUGGUAUUCGUGGGCAAGGAGUUCGAAUACCAGCACGUAUUUAUGGAAGCCCUGAGAUUCCUGUUCAGAAUAUUACGUUUCAGAACAUUACUGUAGGAAUUACAUACAAGAAGAAGCGUAUCUUCCAAUGUUCUUUUGUUCAAGGACGUGUUAUUGGAAAAAUCUUCCCUGCUCCAUGUGAGAAUCUUGAUUGGUAUGAUGAUGAAGGAAAACUAGUUAGACAAUCAACAAAUAAGAAUACGCAGGACUUGGAUUAUGAUGGUUGAGAUGAAGAUGCUUUAUUCCUUCAACGAAAAUGUUGAUACAACAGCUGAUUGCUCGUCACAAGCGGGAUUUGGUCUUCUUGGUCCAUCAAUCUACAGUCAAAUGCUGGGAGGCUAGAGCAUGUUAAAAUGUAUUAACAGUUUUUUUACUAAAUUUGCGAGAAUGAGAGAGUACACAUGGAUGGAGUACCCACCCGUGGAGCUUUUAAGAGGCUUCAACAGUGAAAGAAGCUCCAGUGCCCACAGUAAUACCCAGGUUGGUUGGUUGGAGCUAUGCUCUGCUAAUACAAGGGCACAAGUUCAUGUUUUUUUGCAAAAGAAGAAGGCGGGUAUCAAUUCUUGGAGAAAACACACAGGCUUGGAGAGUGAGGAUAUCAAGGGACCUGCUCCCCAUCUCAUUCAUAUUUUCUCUGUUCUUAUUUUGUUUAAUCCUUUGGCAAAUUUGUUAAUGCUGGAUUGUGGGAAAACAUAACAUAGGUGGUCUUUGUAUAGGAACUUCAGUUCCAUUGAAAUAUGGGAGAACACAUCUGUAACAGGCUAACAAUUGUUAAAAGUUUGUAACUGCAUUUGGCUAGCAGUAUUUUGUAGAACAGCUGUAUUGACAAAGUUUAACGAAGUAUAUCUAAUACAUGUACACUUUAUGCACUUGUAUAUAGGCGGGAAA